UGCCUACCUGCUUCGGAUUGAUCAUGGCCCUGAGGGCAUGUGGCUUGAUCAUCUUCAGAAGACGCCUUAUUCCCAAGGUGGACAACAGUACAAUUGAGUUUCUGCUGCUGCAGGCAUCAGAUGGCAUUCAUCACUGGACUCCUCCCAAAGGCCAUGUGGACCCGGGAGAGAAUGACUUGGAAACAGCCCUGAGGGAGACGCGGGAGGAAGCAGGCAUAGAAGCAAGCCAACUGACCAUCAUUGAGGGGUUCCGAAGGGAGCUCAGUUAUGUGGCCAGAAAUAAACCUAAAACAGUCAUUUACUGGCUGGCAGAGGUGAAGAACUACAAUGUAGAGAUCCGCCUCUCCCAUGAGCACCAAGCCUACCGCUGGCUGGGGCUGGACGAGGCCUGCCAGUUGGCUCAGUUCGAGGAGAUGAAGGCAGUGCUCCAAGAAGGACACCAGUUUCUCUGCUCCACGCCGGCCUGAGCUGACCAGAGCAGUCAUUUGCUUCCACCGCAUCCUCAAGGGCCU